AAUAGAAAACACAACAGCAGACAUAACCUAUAUAAUUUAUAAAAACAUUUUUUAAAAGCCACGAAAACAAACACUCCCUUUCAAAAAUUAUAGUCUUUAUAGAGUUAAAUAUGAGUAUAUAAAACAAUGAUAAGCCACGUUCCACUAGGUAUCACCUAAUAUUCUAUUAAUAUUGACAAAAUUAAAAUGGUUGAAGAGCAAAGUUUGUUAGGAAAGUACAUAAUAAUCUUUCUUGUUGUAAGUGGAUAUUGGAUUAUUUCUAUUGCUACAGUAUUUGUAAAUAAGACUUUAUUGAGUCACAUUGAGUUAGAUGCUCCGAUAUUUAUAAACUUAAGCCAGACCUUAGUAACUGCUUUGAUAUGUUAUGGCAAGAAAACCCUAAGCAUAUUAUUUCCCCACACAUUUUCAUUUCCAGACACAAAUAUAUGGGAUCGUCAAAUUAUAAAGACGAUUUUACCAGUCUCGAUUAUGUUUACUGGAAUGAUUGCAUCUAAUAAUUUGUGUUUGAAAUACGUAUCGGUGGCGUUUUAUUAUAUUGGACGGUCUUUAACUACUAUUUUUAAUGUAUUAUUUACAUUUCUAAUAUUAGGGGAAAAGACAUCGAAGAAAUGUAUGUUGUGUUGCGGUGUUAUAAUCGCAGGAUUCUGGAUGGGUGUAGAUCAAGAACAUUUUGCAGGCAGUCUCUCAAUUGCUGGAACAAUUUUCGGCAUCCUUGGCUCUCUAUCUUUGUCACUGUACUCCAUCUGGACCAAAAAAAUAUUACCCAAAGUAGACGGUCAAGUCUGGGCAUUAUCUUACGCAAAUAACGUGUAUGCUUCUAUUCUUUUCAUCCCUAUCAUGAUUCUGAACGAUGAAAUACCCAUUAUCACUAAUUACCCUUAUCUAAGGGAACCUUUCUUUUGGGCAAUCCUUCUGGGAGGAGGAGUGUGUGGAUUUUUAAUAGGAUUUUUCACUUCUUUACAAAUCAAGUAUACAUCAGCUUUAACACAUAAUAUAUCGGGUACAGCAAAGGCUUGCGCUCAAACUAUUUUGGCAACUUAUUGGUACCAGGAAACCAAAUCGUUUAUGUGGUGGUUUUCGAAUUUAGUGAUUUUAGCGGCUAGUGCAGCUUAUGCUCGUAUUAAACAACUAGACAUGGAAAAGAAACAUCGCCAGGGUCCUAGUUAUUCCAAAGUGUAACCUUUUAUAGAAUAAAUUGUUUUAAAAAA